GUUUAGAUACGAAAAUCAAGAUGUGGUUGGACUUUGGACGACUUGGUCGUAGGAGCCAAGUAAAGCCCAACUCCAAAUCGCUUCCUUCUGUUAUCCGGCUUCCUCUCACCUCUUCCGUUUCGCAGAGGAAGAAAAGUAAAAUCAAGCAUUUAUUUGCGUAGAAUCAAGUACCAUCAUCUCAACUGCCGGUUUACUAAGAAAAUUUGGACUGAGACAGGCAGCAUGACCAAUACAAGAACACAAUUCUCCCGUUGCCAUCUUUUGAUUUGGGAAUAUGGAGAUGAUGGUGAAGAAGCACCAGCAGAAGUUCAGAAAAGUUAAAGAUGAUAUGAGUAGAUGGGAUCAGCUUCAAUCUCAAUUGCUUGCUCAGUUCAGAAAUGCCUCUUCAAUCAUUGAGAGGUUGCAGGUACUACAAGAACCUAAAAAUUAUGGUGUAUUCACAUGUAUCAGUGGCAUCCGAGAGGAGGUGCUAGGAAAGCAAAUGGAGUCUUUGGAAACAAUCUUUCUUUCCAUGAAAAAGACAAUAGAAGAGUUCCAUUCCAUUGUUGUGUCCCUUGAAAAGAUUCUUAGAGAUGGUAGACAACUAAUGAAAGGGGGAUCUAUAUCACCAUCCACUAAGCAGAUGCAGCUGCGGAUUGGGAUACGGCCAAGUCUUUUCGAUUGUCUAGAGGGACUUAGGAUUAUUUUUGAGAUGCACUACUCCGAGUACCUUCUCAAGUCAUCAAUUGUUUCAGCACUCUCCUUGAAGUCCAGUGCUAGUGAUUUAGGAGCACUUAAUCAACUUUUGAUUGACCAGCCUAACAUCCCAAAAGAAGAAGUGCAAUUCAUUUUUGACAUCAUAUUUGCUGAAGAAAUCUGUUGACUUUUGCCAUAUCCAAUCUGUUGGUGCUAUACACAUUUCUCUACAUCUGGAUUGGAACUUAGAACGGAAGGUGCCAGGUAGCUCGUUGGCAAGGUCUCUGACUGGUUGUAGUGGAGACUUGGGAUCAAAUCUCACCUUCACCAGGUUUUGGGGGUUGGGGAGGGCUUUUGUGUAAGAAUGCCAAAGGUUAGGACUGUAUCCAGUUUACCCCUCCCAAGACCCAGAUAACGGUCUUGGCUCUGGUGACUAGUUUACAAUAAGUUCAGCUCUUCUGUUAGUGAAGGAGAUUGAUCUUUUUGGUUGCAUUACUCCCAUUGGGUAAGCCUCACUCUUGAUUUGUGACCCGAAAAAUUAUGUGACUCACUGGAUUUGUCUUAUGACAUGGCAACAGUUCUCUCUAAUUCCUCUAUGCGUUCUGUUAUGCUACAUGAGUAAACUAUGAUCUGUUCGGUUCAGUUAUAUAGAUAAA